AUGGCAGAAAAAAGGGCUAGUCAUGAAGCCAUUGUCCUGUUAUUUGUUCUCCUACAAAUUGUUGCAUUUUGCAAUUCAGUCCCCCUGUCAACAAAUUCCAGGUGGAUAGUCGAUCAAGCAACCGGAAAACGAGUGAAACUAACAUGUGCGAAUUGGGUUUCACAUUUACAGCCAAUGGUAGCAGAAGGCCUGGAGAAGAAGCCGUUGAGCUACAUAGCGAAGAAGAUUUCGGAAACGGGGUUCAAUUGCGUGAGGUUCACAUGGCCAACUUUUAUGUUUACCAGGCCCGAUUAUUACAACCUUACUGUUUCCGAAUCGCUCGACAAAUUUAAGCUGACAGCUGCGAAAUCAGGUAUUGCCAAAAAUAACCCUGGGUUUCUGAACAUGAAAGUAGCCGAAGUUCACAAGGCUGUGGUUAACGAGCUCGGUAAGAAUAAGGUGAUGGUGGUGCUCGAUAACCACAUCAGCCAGCCCGGGUGGUGCUGUGCUGACAAUGACGGCAAUGGGUUCUUCGGGGAUGCUUUAUUUGACCCGACGGAAUGGUUGAAAGGCCUCACUGCGGUGGCAACGGCGUAUAAGGGUAAUUCUGCGGUUAUAGGCAUGAGUAUGAGAAACGAGCUACGAGGUGGUAGACAAAACGUGAACGAUUGGUACAAAUACAUGCAAGCCGGCGCCGAAGCCAUCCACAAAGAAAACCCCGAUUUUCUCGUCAUCGUAUCAGGGUUGUACACCGAUACUAGCCUCAAUUUCUUAAACGGGCAUCCAUUACAAGUAAAUAACCUAAAAAACAAGCUCGUUUACGAAGCGCAUUGGUACACGUUCGGCGUCCCUCCUGAAACAUGGGCAACUCAACCUAACCAACUUUGCGCUACUAUGACGAAAAGGGCUCAAGAUAAUUACCUUUUCUUGACGACAAGCCAAAACCCGACUCCUCUGUUUUUGAGCGAAUUCGGUAUCGAUCAAAGAGGUGGAAAUGACGCGGAAAAUAGGUACAUAACUUGCCUUUUGGCCACGGUGGCGGAUAGAGAUAUCGAUUGGGCGUUAUGGACUUUUCAAGGUAGCUACAUUUUGAGAGAAGGGAAAGUUAAUUCGGAAGAGGCUUACGGAGUUAUGGACCUUAAUUGGGAUCGUCCGAGAAAUCCGGCUUUUUUGGAUAAAUUGCAACUUAUAAGACAGAUGAAUCAAGAGUUGGAGUCCAAGAAGCCAACUAAUUACAUAAUGUUCCACCCUCAAAGUGGGCAAUGUGUGCAAGUUGGCAAGAACAAUAACAUUAUUCUAUCCAACUGCAAAACGGCGAGCCGGUGGGACCAACACCAAGACGGUGGUCCGAUAAAGUUGGCGGGGAGUCCACAGUGCAUCGGGGUGGCCGGAGAUGGUGGUGCCGCCCGUGUUUCCGGCGAUUGUUCGAGCAAGUGGAAGAUUGCAUCGACCUCCGGCCUUCACUUAGCGGCUCAAGAUGGAAAAGGGAAGUAUUUGUGCUUGGAAAUGAAUGCUUCUGAUCACUCCACCAUUGUUACCAAGAAAUGUCUGUGUGUUGGAGACGAUCUAGUCGAUUUUCCGACAUGUUCCGAUAAUCCACAAGUGCAGUGGUUUAAGCUUGUUGCUGUGAAUGUGUAA